GCGGUCCGUCGGAGCCGGGAGCCCAGCUGGGACGCCCGGUGGACUCCAGCCCCCUCCUCCCCGGGCCAAAAGACUGGGCCCCCCCACCGACCUCUGCCCGGCUGCAUGAACACGCCGCUGGGGAAGUCUAGACGGCCGUUCCUGCCAGGUUGCGCUGGAGCCUCACCAGCCUGGCAGGAGGGCUGGGGGUUGGGAUGAGCACGGAGGGGAGGCUGCUUGACCAAGGUCAGCCUCGUGGGAGGCCCCGAGGAGGAGGAGGAGGAGGAGGAAGGGAGCUGGAAGUCUCUGCCAGCCGGCCUGCUGGGCUCCCAUGAUCUCCUCCCUUCCUCCCUGUCAGCCAAGACCCGCAGAACAGGCCCAUCCCCGCCCCCUUUCUUCGAUGGAGAAACCAGGCCCCAGAGAGGGUGAGCAGCUGGCCUGAGGACACACAGCGGCAGCCCCGCCGCAGGCCGAUCCGGGAGGUGGCGGCUUCGUUCGGCACGGGGCGGACAUCGCCAUGCCCCUCCUGAUACACCUGCUGGUCUGCACCUUCGGGCUGGGCUCCUGGGUGGCCAUCAACGGGCUCUGGGUCGAGCUGCCCCUGCUGGUGACGGAGCUGCCCGAGGGGUGGUAUCUCCCCUCCUACCUCACGGUGAUCAUCCAGCUGGCCAACAUCGGCCCCCUCCUGGUCACCCUGCUCCAUCACUUCCAGCCUGGCUGCCUCUCGGAGGUGCCCAUCAUCUUUACCGUGCUGGGCGUGGGCACCAUCACCUGUACCCUCUUCGCCUUCCUCUGGAAUGUCACUCCCUGGGUGCUGGACGGCCCUCACAGCAUCGCCUUCAUGGUCCUCACCUUCUUCCUGGCCCUCGUGGACUGCACCUCGUCGGUCACCUUCCUGCCCUUCAUGAGCCGGCUGCCCGCCCACUACCUCACCACCUUCUUCGUGGGCGAAGGGCUCAGCGGCCUCCUGCCUGCGCUGGUGGCUCUUGCCCAGGGCUCGGGUCUCACUACCUGUGUCAAUGUCACUAAGCCGUUAGAAACCACCCCAAGCGCCGAGACCACCAGGAAGACUGUCUUCCCCCAGGGAGCUAACAGCACUUUUGCGUCUGACCUUGCCGGGACGGCACAUUCCGCGGUCCAUCUGGAAAGUCGCCACCUGCCGGCCAACUUCUCGCCUUUGGUCUUCUUCCUCCUCCUCUCCUUCAUGAUGGCCUGCUGCCUGGCCGCUUUCUUUGUCCUCCAGCGGCAGCCCAGACCCAGGGAAUCUUCCAUAGAAGACCUCCUCACCUCCCAGGUCACCCUCCACUCCAUCCGGCCACGGGAAGGGGAGGACCCGGGCCCCCCAGGGCCAAGGGACAACAGCAAGGCCCAGGGGCAUCCAGAGGAGAAAACGGCCCCCCACCACCCCGCCCGCCUGACCUUCAUCUACAUCCUGGUGGCCUUUGUAAACGCGCUCACCAACGGCGUGCUGCCCUCCGUGCAGACCUACUCCUGCCUGUCCUACGGCCCCAUCGCCUACCACCUGUCAGCCACCCUCAGCUCCAUGGCCAACCCUCUUGCCUGCUUCCUCUCCAUGUUCCUGCCUCACAGGUCUCUGCCAUUCCUGGGCGUCCUCACAGUGCUCGGGACUGGCUUCGGGGCCUACAACAUGGCCAUGGCCGUGAUGAGCCCCUGCCCCCUCAUGCAGGGCCACUGGGGUGGAGAAGUCCUCAUUGUGGCCUCCUGGGUGCUGUUCAUCGGCUGCCUGAGCUACGUCAAGGUGAUGCUGGGCGUGAUCCUGCGCGACCGCAGCCGCAGCGCCCUCUUGUGGUGUGGGGCGGCGGUGCAGCUGGGCUCCCUCCUCGGGGCUGUGCUCAUGUUCCCGCUGGUCAACGUGUUCAGGCUCUUCUCGUCCGCCGACUUCUGCAGCCUGCAGUGCCCCACCUAGGACCCCUGGCGCGGUCCGUUACAUGACCCUGACCCGCUCCCGUCGCUAACACUGGAAACCUGGGCAAGGCACGCAGCCCAGGCCACAGGGCAAGUGGCGGGGAGCGGGGGGGCAGAGCCCGAGUCCCUACGCAUCCACGCAGACUCCGCUCCGGAGCGGGGGAGAAAGCCACGGGCCUCCCACGGGGCCUGGAAAUGCAAAGCACAGCCCUGCCCCCCCAAUGCUGGGUCGCGGUGCCUGCAGUUCCGUUUCAGAACUCCCGCGGGCUCUUGGGCGACGGCGGAUUUGCAGCACCCAGCCGGAGGCAGGCUCAGGGGUGUCCGAAGGGAAACCGCAGAGGGGGCGAGCCCGUCACUUAUUUCUCUGUGCCUCAGUUUCCUAAAAUGGGGACCAUGAUAAAUAGCACCUACCUCACAGGCGGAGCACAGGGAGAAAGGGAAGAAGCACCCAGCAUUGGCCAUUCCCUGACCUGACGCCCAAGGGAAGUUAAGUGCACAUCAACACAAGGGAGAAGUGGCCAGGAGGGUUGAGAGACGACCCCUGCCCGGUAUCCUUUUUCCUAUUAUUCUCACAGAGGAGCUUGUAAAAGGACCCCUGGCUAAUGGUGGGAUCUUGGGGCAUCUUGACUCCCCAGUUCCCAAUGUGGAUGGACACUGUGCCCCACACACCCCUUCCCGUCACCGCUCCUGACUCAAGAAGUCCGGCUUCUUGGAAAGCAAGGGACCUUCUGGGAGGCAGGGGGGGGGGGCCAUGCCAAACCUCUCAAGUGAGUCCCCUCCCCUCCCCCAGCCACCAAGGCUGAGAACUGGACCCGAGAACCCUGGGAAGCAGCUCUCUCAGCUGGGGAGGAGUGCAUCAGCUACCCGAUUAUUAUUUUGUUUUCUUUUUUCUUUUUUUAGAGAGACAUUCCCUGCUUUUAAACUAAGAUCAGCCCUCUAAAAUCAAUAUAAUCAGUUUUCAGUUCUAAGGUCAAGGCUAAGGUCAGAAACGAACAGAAUCAAAGGCUUAGAGAAUGUCCGGUCCUGGGACUUCUUUUCUUCAGUGGUUUGCUUGCUUGCCACCGGCCCUCCCUUUAAUUUAUUUUGAAUAGAUAAUACAGUCGCAUGUUUCAAAAGUCAGAAAAUAUAAAAUGAUGUUCAGCAAAAAAAUCCCAUCUCUCCUCUCCUUCAUCUGCCCCGGUUCCCCUCAACGCACACACGCACACACGCACGCGCUUUAUUUUCUUUUUCACUCUUACAGAGAUUAUGCAAAUGCAAAUACAGACUCUUUUUACAGAAAAAGUGCUACACUACUGUGUACCUUGUACCUUUCACUCAACAACGAAAAUGGAGAGAGGGUUCUGGUUCUUUCCUACGACCACAUCAUAUCCCAUCGUGUGGGGGUACCAAAUUUAUUCAACCAGUCCUCCGUAGAAAGACAUUUGAAGGUACUGGAGACAACAUUUGAAACAAAAUCUCCCACUGCGAUGCCUGGGUGGCUCAGUGGGUUGAGGAUCUGUUGAUUUCAGUUCAGGUCAUGAUCCCAGGGUCGUGGAAUCGAGUCCCACCAUGAGACUCCAUGCUGAGUGUGGAGCCUGCUUGAGAUUCUCUCUCUCUCUCUCUCUCUCUCUCUGCCCCUCUCUCCCACCCAUGCACGCUCUCUCGCUCUCUCUCUCCCUAAAAUUGGAAUUUUUUUUUAAUUUAAAAAUCUCCCACCAAUCAGAAAAGCUCUCCACAAAAGUGGCAGAGAAAAAAAACAGUUCUAUUACUGAAUAAGCAUUAAACCAGACUGUGGCGCACAUCAGACAAUCCGCUGAAGAGAUUGCAAAGGCAGGAACCCCACCCUUUUAUGACCUCCAGCAGAUACGAGCCUACGACCUCCAUGUUCUCAGACGAUAACUAGUCCUCAAGAAGGGUACUAGGUGGCCCCGUUUGUCACAAUUCUUCCUGAAUUCACCUGGCAAUUGGGCUAGCUGUCUUUAUCUGCAGGGGAAAGAAAUUCCUAUCUUGGGGCGCCUGGGUGGCUCAGUCGGUUGAGCGUCCGACUUCGGCUCAGGUCACGAUCUCACAGUUUGUGAGUUCGAGCCCCGCGUCGGGCUCUGGGCUGACGGCUCGGAGCCUGGAGCCUGCUUCGGAUUCUGUGUCUCCCUCUCUCUCUGCCCCUCCCCCCCCCUCAAAAAAUGGACAUUAAAAAAAAUUUUUUUUUAAUUUCUAUCUUUACAAGAGGCGACUUUUUGCAACCUGGAGCCCAACGCUGAUGUUAGGUUCCUACCCUCCCACAGAGACUGGGUGAUGGGACACUGACCUUCUGGAUAUGCUCUCCCAUCCGUAAGAAAAGUGAUCCUGGGUGGCAAAACUGACUAGAGGCUUAUUCAGCUUUUUCAAAGACUUGAGUAUACCUAAAAGGAGCAGGGGAAGAAUUUACAAGUUUUCUAGAGUAAAUGCUCUAAGGGAAGGGAGAGGGGGGUGUCUCCCUCUUUGGCACGAGGGACAAUUAUUUGUAUUUGCCCUUACAAGGGCAUUCGGGUUGUUUUCAAUUGUUGCCUCCCAGAAGGGAUGUUGGAAUGGAUAAUGAGCAAGGAUAGGAUCUCUCCGUGCUGAUGCGCAAAGAUGGUCCAAGAUUAAUCCCGCACACAGAAAGGAGACGCGGAAGAAUGCGUAGAUCACGGAGUUAGCCGCGCUAGUGCGUUCUGUCUGGGACUAGGUGAGGGGGUAAGUGAUCUGGCAUUUGGAAAAGGCACCUCCAUCUGACCCUGCCCUCCCCCCCAUGGUUUUGCUUUCACCCACCGUCCUUGGAGGUCUUCUGACAUUAGCGGCCUUUAAGUGAAGGUGCGUGAGUCAGCUCCCACAGUCUCCUCUGUACGAUGGGGACAAUGAGAACAUCUCUCAACCAGGGUUGAGCCGAUAAGUGCACGUGCUUAGCGCCGCACCCGCAAACAGCAAGCACUCAAUAAAUGCCACUAGAAGCUCCCACUUUCUGAGCACCUGGGUGGCUCAGUCACUUAAGCGUCCGACUUCCGCUCAGGUCACGAUCUCACAACUCCUGAGUUGGAGCCCCGCAUCGGGCUUGCUGCUGUCAGUGAGGAGUGCGCUUCGGAUCCUCUGUCCCCCA